GCGCAUUUGUUUUGAAACCGCAGUGCCAGCGCAAAAGAAGGAAAACACCAGCACCAUGGACAUCACGUCCCUGUUCAAAGCAUCGGUAAAAACGGUCCGCCUUAAGCUGCCACCUCACAGCAUCCCCCAGCUGGACAAGAACCGUAUACUGCAGAAAAGGAAGGCCACGCCCGAGGUAUGGGGAAAAGCCAAAACGCUCAAGCAGCAGGUAACGUUGCUGCGCAACUUUCUGCUCGAGAACCGGGUGGCCUACAUGCAGCUGGCGGAGCAUCUGAAAAAUUCCGCACCCCAAAUGUCGAACGAGGAGCGCGACCUGAUUGAUCGGGAAACGGAAAAGACACUGGCCGAUGCGGCAACGCUCAUAGCCAGCCUGAAGCACGAAUGUAUCGCGCUGCAGACGGACCGGCAGGUGAAGGAAUUUUUAGCCCUCGUGAUUGAGAGUUUGUGCGAGUAUGCGAACGGUAUACGGAGGAUCGCACAGGAACAGAAACAGUUUCGGCACCGGCGCCAGCUGGAAACGCUACAGUACAUCAAGCUGCAGCCGAAGAUGAAAACUGACCCGUACACGAAACCACUGCUGGACGUUGCUUCACCGGAGCGGGAAGUGCGUCGGGUCGAAAGUGCUGCGGAUGUUGGUCGCAGUACUGUUGCCGACAAAUCGAUGUCCCAGACGGUGGAGGAAAUGCAAGACAGCAGCACGUACGACGAUUACGAGAGCAAUGACCUCAGCCCGGAAGAUAUACAGAUGUUCGAGUCGGAAAACGUGCAACUGUACAACGAACUGAAAGGGCUCUCGGAGGAGGUGGAACAAAUUCAGCGCAAUGUAGCCGAUAUCACACAGCUGCAAGAUAUCUUUACCGAGAAGGUAACGCUACAAAACACCGAUAUCGAUCGAAUCGCGACGAAUGUUAUAGGCACGACCGAAAACAUGAAGGACGCGAAUGAGCAGAUAAAGCAAGCGAUCCAGCGCAACGCGGGCUUGCGGGUUUGGGUAAUGUUCUUUUUUAUUGUGAUGUCAUUUACGCUACUGUUCCUGGAUUGGUAUAAUGAAUAAAAUCGUAAAACGACCGGUGGAUAAUCGGAUCCAAGCUUA